AUGCUAAGUGCUUGGACAUAUUGCUUAGUUGGACUCCUCAUUUUGCGGCUAGGAACUGGCGCAGACGCGGAUGUGGCGCACUAUUUCACACCCGUGGACUUUGGCAGCUUUGUUCAUGGGCAACAUCCGUAUCAAGUCGGCCUAGCCCCGCCCCAGCCGUCUACUUUGUAUGGAGCUCCCAUUAAUCCAGUAACGCCAGCCCCUGUUGCACCCCCAGCUCCGGCAACCACCGAGUUCACAUUACCCGAGAUCAUCGAGAACCGCAGUGUGAAGACUCAUGGCAAUUUUAUACCGCUCAGUCAGCAUUAUCUGCCACCGGCUGAGGAGCGUCCCAGCUAUGAGAGUCCAAAGCCAGUACCCAGCGACGAAGCCUUCGCAGGCUACUAUUAUCCAUCGCCAUCCAGUACAACGACUAGCACCACCCAACGACCCAUUGUCGUGCAAGAUCCUGGCGAUGAUAAUGAUCUGGAGGCGGGCUAUGAUUACCAUGCGCCUGUUUUGCCCUCCACACCGGCACCGGUCUAUCUGCCACCGGAGCAGCCCAGCAGCGAGAAUCAGCAGCUGCGCCUGAGGCUUAAGGAGAUGCGCUGCUUGCAAGGAGGCUAUUUCCGCACAAUUCUCAAAGUGGACAGCUUUAUAAGCACUGCACCCACCGUAGACACAGGUGAUGCACAGGAUAAACGCUGCGAACUGAAGCUAUCGCGCAGCUACCUGCUCUUGGAUAUAGCGGGUGCGGACUUCGAGCGUUGCGGAGUGCGCUCCUGCGGAAAGGACCUAUGUCUGCGUCUGCGUUUUCCAGCCAUCCGCGGCCUGCGCACCGCCGGUGAUGCAAUUUUGACGCUCCACUGCAAGACGCAGGAGCGAGUGGCCGUGAAGACGCAUGCUCUGAAAAUGGGUGUUGCAAGUGAUGUACAAGCGCGCAGCAGUGGGACUUACGCCCAUGGAGGUCUGCAGAAUGCAUUUCGCACUCAUGUAGAAUUACUGAGACGUGGCAGCAACGGAUACACACGGCAUCUGGAAAACAAUGGAGCCGUGCAGUUAGGAGAGGAUUUGCUGCUACGGGCGCAUGUUCUGGCCGGAGACGGUUGGAACUACACUAAGCUGAGCGACGUGCAGUUGCAACGGAUUUCCCCCUCGGGCGAUCUGCUAAAUAGUGCCCAACUGGUUACACCACAGGGCUGUCUUAAUCCAGCGAUGCAAAGCAUUUGCGCCCAUGCGCCCAGCUUUGAGGCCCCCUUGGGUCAAAGACUCCACUUUAAGGCUGUCAUGUUUCAGGGCAUGCGAAGUGGCGAUGUCCUGAUAAUGUCCAUGCGAAUAACCGGUUGUUUGGAGCGCGAGGAUUGCCAACUGACGGCUCAAGAUUGUGUGGUUGGUGGGACGCAGCGACGAAGACGGGAUACGACAGGGCAAGGAAAUGGUACCGAAGCUUCAGAACUGUCGCACAUCACCUUUAGAGUUAUUCUACCAGAAGCAACUGAAGAAAGAUCCUCCAAGGAAGAGGAGCAAAGCAAUGAGCAUGUGGCCGACUUCUCCAAGUCCUUAGCAUUGGGUGGUUCAUUAGGAUUUGUUAUUUUACUUCUGGGUCUGGGCAUAGUUGCCGCCUACAAAUUGGGAAAGUAG